AUGUAUCAGAAGGUGAAGCCUUAUGCUGCCAUGGUGCUUCAGCAGUUGAGCUUUGCGGGUAUGUCGAUUGUAUUUUUGGCGGUUCUUAAGAAUGGGAUGAGCCAGACUGUGCUGUUUGCAUACCGUAAUAUCGUUGCUGCCAUUUUUAUUGCUCCGUUCGCGCUCUAUUUUGAGAGGGGAAGGAGGCCUAGGAUGACACGGCACAUUUUCAUGAAGAUAACAGCACUUGGGUUGUUACAGGGUGUGCUUGAUCAGAACUUAUUAUUCAUGGGAGCCAAGUUGACAUCCGCAGGUUAUGCUUCUGCUCUCAAAAAUCUAAUCCCACCAAUUACUUUCGUUUUAUCACUGGCGCUCAGAGUUGAGAAACUGAACAUAUAUCAGAGACAUGGCAAAGCUAAGGUCAUUGGAAUUCUAUUAGCCUUGGCUGGUUCACUCCUCAUGGUUCUAUACAAAGGACCGGCCGCAGAGUUCCCACGGUACAAAGGGCGAGAACAUCAUUCUGCAGUUAAUUCCAAUGGUAAUGAUAAAGAAGGGUUGAAUUGGAUUAUGGGAACAUUAAUGAUAAUAACGAGUAGCACCAGUUGGUGCAUCUUCCUAAUACUGCAGUCGAAUACAUUAAAAUCAUAUGAGGCUAAAUUUAGUCUCACCACCUUGAUUUGUUCCAUGGGUGCUGUAAUGAACACUGUACUUGCCCUAGUUUUGGAGCAUGGAUCCCAAUCAUGGAUUAUAAAGUGGGACAUGAGGCUCUUUGCCAUCAUAUAUUCAGGCGUGGUAUGUACUGGGGUUACUAAUUAUUUGUUGGAGCUGGUUUUGAAGGACAAAGGACCAGUUUUUGCCGGAGCCUUCACUCCACUUUGUAUGAUUGUUACUGCUGUCUUGGGCUCUAUCAUUCUUGCAGAGAAAAUACAUCUUGGAAUGAUUAUUGGGGCAAUAAUUAUAACAGCCGGCCUCUAUUCCCUUCUUUGGGGCAAGAGCAAGGAUUACACAACUCAAUCAGAAGAUGAUCAAAGCAGGGACUAUUUCUUGAAUACAGAUUUAUCUAUGGCUGAACACAGCAUUACAAAACAAAAUUCUAUACCCAUUGAUCAUGACACGACAAAAGAAAAGUCAAUGACCAUGCCUUGAUCAUUUCUUUUGCACAAAACAUAAACAGUCGACAACCACA